AGGAGAGCUCUUCUCAGUGGGUUCCAGCAGACUGCCAGCCGGGGCUCAGAGGACCAGCCUCUCCCACUGUCUCCUGAGCCCAGGCUUCUUGGCAGUCACCUUCCCCCUGCUCCAUGGCAGCUAUUACGGAUCUCUCCUUUAUGUACCGCUGGUUUAAGAACUGCAAUCUGGUGCGCAACCUUUCAGACAAGUACGUCUUCAUCACGGGUUGUGACUCGGGCUUCGGGAACCUGCUGGCCCGGCAGCUGGUCGAUCGGGGCAUGCGGGUGCUGGCUGCUUGCUUCACAGAGGAGGGGGCCCAGAAGCUUCGGCAGGAUACCUCUUACCGGCUGCAGACCAUCCUCUUGGAUGUCACCAAGACCGAGAGCAUACAGGCAGCGACCCAGUGGGUGAGAGACCAAGUGGGCGAGCAAGGCCUCUGGGCCCUGGUGAACAAUGCUGGUGUAGGCCUGCCCAGUGGACCCAAUGAAUGGCUGAUGAAGGAGGACUUCGUGAAGGUGAUCAAUGUGAACCUGGUAGGACUGAUCGAAGUGACCCUCCAUAUGCUACCCCUGGUCAAAAAAGCUCGGGGCAGGAUCGUCAACAUGUCCAGCUCUGGAGGUCGUGUGGCUGUCAUUGGUGGUGGCUACUGUGUCUCCAAGUUUGGUGUCGAGGCCUUCUCUGACAGCAUCAGGCGUGAGCUCUACUACUUUGGGGUGAAAGUCAGCAUCAUUGAGCCCGGGAACUAUCGAACAUCCAUCCUGGGCAAGGAGGCCCUGGUGUCCCGCAUGCAAAGGCUGUGGGAGCGGCUGCCUCAGGAGACCCGGGAUAGCUAUGGGGAGGAGUACUUCCGCAACUAUACUGAGAAGUUAAAAAACAUGAUGCAGUUGGCAGAGCCAAGGAUCAGCGAGGUCACCAACAGCAUGGAGCACGCCAUCAUUUCCCGGAGCCCCCGCAUCCGCUAUAACCCAGGCCUGGACGCCAAACUCCUCUACAUCCCAUUAGCUAAGUUGCCCACCCCUGUGACAGAUUUCAUCCUGAGCCGGUACCUUCCAAAGCCAGCAGACAGUGUCUGAGCUGGGGAAGUCCAGGGAUGGUCAGUAGAGUGUGGAGGAGGGAGGGGGGUGGGAGAAGAGACUGUAGGGUCCCAAGAGGUGGUAUCAGACAUUCUGAGGGAUGCUUUGCUUGGCUGACACCCACUGCUGGAGAAUUUAUGGAUAACUUCUAGCAGAAGACAAGCGCCUCUUCCCACUUACUGGGACUCUGCAGAAACCCCAGCUGGCCUUUGCAGAUGCAAAGACCUACAGCAUGGCCCCAAGAACAUCUGUGACUCAUUAGGGAUACGGGUUUUUUUGGACGUGAAAAUGUCAAGGGGAGGAAACCGAGCUCCUGCUGAAUCAUGAGCCUCUGUCAGUUAUCACCACCACUGGGAAAUACUGCAGGAUAAUCGAGCCCACAGAAGCAUCUCAACGACUUGCCUACUGAGUCUCUAAAUAUGCAUUAACCUCAUUCCCACAACCCAUUAUUUAAAAUAUGUAGUAGAGCAGACAGGGAGUGCAAGAUUAUAUCAAGUAAAAGUUUAUGAUGUUUUCUUUCUAUAUAGAUCUCUCUGUUCAUAGGUGAUUGGGAUCCACAUAAAAUAACAUUCAUUUAUUUAAUCACCAUUGAUUAAUUUUUCAAGUAUUUAUUGAGCGCCUGCAACAUACCAGGCACUAUGUAAGUGCUGGAAGGAUGUAAAGAGGAUUAAAUCAUGGUCUUGGGUUUUUUUAUUUUUUAUUUUGUGGUUCUGUUUUUUAACACAAUAUCUAGUAGCAGAGAUAGGACAAACAGUGACAGAAGAAACAGAAAUCAGAAAAUCACAUUUUUAGCUACGAGGAACCCAGAGGCCAUCUAAUCCAGUAGCUCCCUGUACAUCAUAAUCGCCUGGUUAGUUAAAAAUACAGAUUCCUGGCCCCAAUGUUAGACUAUCUGAUUCAGUAGCUUGGGACGGGGCCCACGAAUCUGUGUUUGUAAUAAGGUGAUGAUUCUGAUGUCCUUGGGUGCAUGGGAACCACCGAUAUAGCUCCACAGUAAUACCGAAUGCUCAGAGGAGGAAGUGACCUAUCCAAGGCCUCCCAAGGUGAUGGCCAAGACAAAACUCAGUGUUCAGAUUCCCAGAGUUACUGUUACAGAGAAUACAUUUUUGACAUUAGUAACAUUGUCAAAUAAGUCGUGAAACUAAAUUAAAAAAAAAAAUAAAACACCAAACUUCUAAGUCAUGUGAAGUUCUAUUGAAAAGACUUUUUUGAUCUUGAGAGUGGUCAUGUAAUAAAAGUCAAAUGUGAAUUUUU